GCGCUCGCGCUUCAGCCUGCAGCGUGUUCUGAAGACCCUGGGACAAGAGCACUGACAUUUCAUUUGCUCAUUUGGACCGGUUUUUACCAACCCAAUCUUAACAACAACAAAACAAACUUCUUCGCUUCUUCCUCUGAUCAUUUACUGAUCAUGGAUCCUCUAUACAUCACUUCACAAAACUCAAGCGGCAACGGGACCAGCAGUUCAUUGGUCAAUGACACGGACGUGCUCUCGAACCAGUUCGUUCAGCCGGUGUGGCAGAUAGUUCUGUGGGCCAUCGCGUACUGCUGUAUAGUUCUGGUGUCGGUUGUUGGAAAUAUCACUGUCAUCUGGAUCAUUUUAGCGCAUAAGCGCAUGAGAACUGUGACCAACUAUUUUCUAGUCAAUCUUGCGUUCGCAGAGGCUUCUAUGUCGGCUUUCAAUACCGUUAUUAACUUUGUGUAUGCAGUGCACAACGAGUGGUACUUCGGACUUGUUUACUGCAGAUUUCACAACUUCUUUCCAAUAGCAGCUGUCUUCGCUAGUAUUUACUCUAUGACGGCAAUAGCCCUGGACAGCACUGUGGUGAAGAUGAUGAUUGUCGUUGAGUGCACCUUCGCCAUCUGCUGGCUGCCCUACCAUGUCUACUUCCUGCUGCACCAGUUCCUUCCCCACUUGUUUGAGGAACAGUACAUCCAGCAGGUGUACUUAGGAAUAAUGUGGCUUGCCAUGAGUUCCACCAUGUACAAUCCCAUCAUCUACUGUCUUCUCAAUGACAGGUUUCGAGCUGGAUUCCAGCAGGCAUUCUCCUGGUGUCCUUGUGUCCCUCAAGGCUCAUAUGAAGGUCUGGAGCUCAAGUCAACUCGCUAUCUUCAGACGCAGGCCAGCAUUUACCGUGCAAGCCGAAUGGAGACCACAGUAUCCACAGUGAUGCCGGUUAUCGAGGGGGACCUUCGGGAGAAUACAAAUCAAUGUUCAAUAGAUCUCGCGUCUAAUGGUUCUUCACAAAGCGCCUCCAAGACUGUAUCAGAGUCAUCCAGCUUCUAUUCAAGCAACAAUUUAGCCUAGAAAAGAAUGUAGGAAAUACUUUCAGUGUUAAAAUACCAAUCUUGUGAGGAGAAGGUCAAAUGGUACACGCUCCAGCGAAGGUCGUAAUGUGAGAUACAACAAACCAAAACAGGUUUUUAGGUUUUCUUGGGGAUGGAAGGCUAAUGUGUGAAAACUUCAUUGUAUCUUGGUCAACAUAACAUCUAAAGACUGUGAAGCAUUAAUACUGUCUUUGUGUUUAGCAAAAUUUUACUACUUGUGGGAGCCGGCUAGAAAUCAUCCCUGUAAGUGUUCAGCCCAAUCAGCAUUUGCUCCAGGACCCAGUGGGUUUGUUUAGGAAAACUUGACCAGCUGAUCCCCUUGGCAACGAUCUGUCUGUCAUUACUGCUGUUUGUUGAUGAUACGAUAGCCAGAAUGACGACGUGGAAGCGUCUGCACCUGUUGUUGCAUAUUACUGGAUUCGAAGGUGACAAUGUAAAGGAUUUGUCUGGAAGGCAGAGGGUCUAAUUAUAGCGCAGCGAGAGACAGAAAAUUUGACUUUGUACUAACACAGCUACUUCCAUUUAUAUCGCCAUAAUUCUCUGUUAAAUCCGGAGUUUAUUAUUAGCAUGCUGUUGAGUAUCAGUUGCAGCUAUACUGCCUUUACAAAGACCAUGUUAAAGGCGCUGUAUGUAGAAUUGACACCGAGUGGUUGAACUAGGUAUUGCAGUCCAAAUUCAAAAUAUUGGAACAGGUUUUUUUUUCACCAGGCCCCUCCU